CUUGGCGGGAGCUAGGAAUUCAUAUUAGUAUCUAAAUAUUGUAUUAUAUAUAUAUUUAAAAUUAACAUUUAUUAAGAACAUGAAUAUUCGAUUUAAGUUUAAGUAAUUUAAAUACAAUAUGCGACGUAGAGAUGAAAAGUUUCCAGAUAAUGGCUUCGAAGCUUGGGGUGGGUAUAUGCAAGCAAAGGUUGCAAAGUUAGAACAGCAAUUUGCUUCUGGUAUCGGCAAAGAAUGUAAACAGACUGAUUUAUUUAAAGGGAUAAGUAUAUUUGUUAAUGGAUUUACCACACCAUCGGCAGAUGAAUUAAAAGAUCUAAUGGCGCAACACGGAGGGGUAUAUCAUAUUUAUCAACGAAGUGAAGAUUUUAUUAUAGCUUCUAAUUUACCAGACACAAAAGUGAAGAAAAUGCCUUUGGCAAAAGUUGUUAAACCUCAAUGGAUAAUAGAUAGUAUAGCUGCCCAACGUGUUUUGGAUUACAAAGAGUAUUUACUGUAUCGGAAUUCAAAGUCACAAGCUAGGCUUCAUUUUAACCAAAUAAAUAAAGUAGAAGAUCAAGUAGAAUUAGUCAAAUGUGAAAAGGUAAACGAUACAUGUCCAUAUAUUAAAAUUUCAGAACUAAGUAACGAUAAAGUAUAUAACAAUGAAAACAGUAUUUCAUCGGAGAGACCUGUCAAAAGUUUGCCCUUAAAUGCAACAUCUAAGAAAAGUGAAGUAAUCGCAAAAACAGCUGCCGAUCCAAACUUUAUAUCUGAAUUUUAUAACAACUCCAGAUUGCAUCAUAUUUCACAACUUGGUGCAUGUUUCAAGCAACAUGUUAAUGAUCUGAGAGAAAACAGUAAUUUCACAUUUAGUGCCCGUGAUGACUUAAGGAACAGAAUAUCAGUAUUAAACAAUUCACAAAAUAAAUUAACAAAGUCACAUUUUCAAAAUGGAAAAACAAUUAUGCAUAUUGACAUGGAUUGUUUCUUUGUGUCGGUGGGCUUACGUAAAAGACCUGAACUAAGAGGCAAACCUAUCGCUGUUACACAUUCAAAAGGUGGACAAAGUCGUCCAAAGAGAUCAGGAGUUGAUAGAAUGACUGAAUUUAACUUGUACAAACAAAAACAGGUCAAGAAGAUUAGUAAAGCAUCUGGUGUUCCUGAAGAAGAUGUUGACAUUGAAACGAGGAUUGAUAAUAUUACUGAAGAUGGUGAUCAAUUUGGGUCUAUGAGUGAGAUAGCUUCCUGUUCCUAUGAGGCUAGAGCUAAAGGCAUCACUAAUGGUAUGUUUAUGGGGGCAGCAUUACGACUAUGUUCUGAUUUGCACACUAUACCUUAUGAUUUUGAGGAAUAUAAGGAAGUAGCAUACACCUUGUACAAUACAAUAGCACAAUACACUUUAGAUAUAGAAGCUGUGUCUUGUGAUGAAAUGUAUGUUGAUUGUACUGAAUUGUUAGAUUACCUUAAAGUGAGUGUUGAUGAUUUUGCAACUGCUCUGAGAGAAGAAAUAAAAAGUAAAACAGGUUGUCCAUGUUCUACUGGUUUUGGUGGUAACCGUUUGCAAGCAAGGCUUGCCACUAAACAAGCCAAACCUGAUGGCCAAUUUUUUCUAACAUCAGACAUUAUCAAUAGCUUUAUGUACUGUAUUAAUCUUAAAGACUUACCAGGUGUUGGCAGACAAAUUUCACACAAGUUAGAAUCUCUGGGACACCAGACUUGUGGUUCUCUUCAAAGUUUAUCUUUAACAUGCCUUCAAAAGCAUUUGGGUAACAAAACUGGACUGCAAUUAUAUGACCAAUGUCGAGGGCAUGAUCCAAACCCAUUAGUGUAUUACACAGUUAGAAAAUCAGUGUCAGCAGAGGUAAAUUAUGGUAUUCGUUUUGAAAAUAAUGAACAAUGUGAAGAUUUUUUAAAACAACUUUCAAUCGAGGUUCAAUCUAGAAUGCAGCAGUUCAAAGUAAUGGGUAAAUGUAUAACACUUAAACUCAUGAUAAGAGCUGAAAAAGCACCUGUAGAAACUGCCAAAUUUAUGGGACAUGGAUUUUGUGAUGUUAUCAAUAAGUCUACUACAUUACUGACUGCUACUAAUGAUGUUCAUCUUAUUACCAAGGAGGUGAUAUCCAUAUGCAGAAAACAAAACAUUGAUCCAAAAGAAUUAAGAGGAAUUGGAAUUCAGGUGACAAAAUUAGAAAGUAUUAAUAAACAGGUUAAAGGUUCUAUUAAUAAGUUUUUUACAAACAAAACUUUAGUAAAAUCAGAAAAAUAUAAAUUAGAAAUCCUUAAACCAAAAGCAGAAGAUGAAAAAAGAGAUCCAAUCACACCAAAGAAACCUAAUAUGCAUUUAUCACCAGUAAAGAAAUCUCCUAAAGUUGAAAAUAUGAAAUCUCCCAUUUUAAAGAGAAAAGGAAGACCUCCAAAAAAUGGAAAAUCCCAAAUUUUUACUUCUUAUAACCCAAUUAGUAGAUUUCUCCAAUUUCCACAAACUAUAUCAGAUGAAGUUAAUACUAAAAAAGAGAUGAAUAGAGAGGUAAAUAAACCAGUAGAAAUUAAACCAACACCUAAACAAAUAGAAGAAGAACAAGAAAGUUUACUUGGCUUACCUUGGGAUAAAGUAAGAGAUUUGCUUAGUGCAUGGUUUGACAGUGGACAAGCACCUAAAUUGUGCGACGUUAAUUUAAUAUCAACUUAUAUGCGAGAAAUGGUUAUCAAUAAAAAAAUAGACAAGGUGUAUGUUUUGGUAAACUUUUUGAGGAGAAGGAUAAGGGAAAUGAAUAUAGACAUCUGGUACGAGGUACAGGAAUCUGUUAUUGAUGAAGUACAAAAUGCAAUGGUAGCUGUGUAUGGAAAAAAGUUGUGGAUAAAUGAUCAAUGAAUGAGAAUUCACUAUUUAUUUAGUGUUUGUCUGAUUUUUAGUAUGGACCAAUUUAUAAUGUGUUGCAAAGUCACAGAAAAGGACAUU